GACGUACACAAUGGCAAUUAUUUAAAUUAAAAAUUAAAUUUUAUUUAAUCCUCCGCAUGUUGCAGGUGCAGAAGAAAGACUUGGAUCGGAGCUGGGGCUCUUUCUUAUCUGGUAAUAAAAAUAAUUUUACCAAAAGAAGAAAGAAAGAAAAUGGCAGGCCAUAUAUAUAGAUAAUUGGUCUGAUUCUCUUCUCAUUCCACAAAAUGGUUGAGACUGAGAGAGAGCCCAGAUUUAUUUCACCCCACAAAAUGGAAAGCUGGAGCCACCAAAAAAAAUCUGGUGGCGCUCUCUCUGUGGUUUAGUAUUUUGGGAUUAUAUAUAGAGAGAGAGAGAGAGAGAGUGGGGUAGUAGUGUAAGAGUACUGUAAUUAAGAGUGAGAGGGGAACUCAAUUGUAAUAAUGGUGAGGGGGAAGAUAGAGAUAAAGAGGAUCGAGAAUGAAAGCAGCAGAGUGGUGACAUUCUCGAAGAGGAGAAGUGGGCUGUUGAAGAAGGCAUUUGAGCUGUCAGUUCUUUGUGAUGCAGAGGUUGCACUGAUAAUCUUCUCUCCCAAAGGAAGGCUCUAUCAGUUCUCAACUUCCAGUUUGAUUGAUGAGACGAUAGAUCGGUAUCAAAGACAUUAUCUCACCAUCAAUAAUAAUAUUGUCAAAGAAAAUAAAGCACAGCAACCUGAGAAGGAGAACGAGAUCGGUGCAUUGCAUAACAAAUUUAACCUCCUCGAAGAAUCUAAAAGAAGACUAUUGGGAGAGUCUUUAGAUUCUUGCUCCAUUUAUGAUUUAAAGAAACUUGAAUCACAGUUGGAACAAAGUUUAUGCAGAAUCAGAGCUAGGAAGAAUGCAUUAUUUUGUGAGAAAAUUGCUGAGCUUAAGGAACAGGAGAGGAAACUAAAGGUAGAAAAUGCAGAAUUGACAAAAAUGUUCGAGGAAGAGAUGCUGCCGCUGCAAUUGUCGCUUGUUCCGACAGUAUUUGAUCUGUGAGAGACCUUGAAGAUCGAUCAGCAAAUUAAGAUGACUAUAUACAAGAUGAUAGGCUCACAACCACAACCAUCAAGACAUUGAACAUUUGGUUUUAUAUAUACAGAUGAACCAUUCAAUUAUCUCUAUUUAAUUACAUUAUCCGAUAAUUAUUAAUUCAACGAUUGAUUUCUCUCGCCGUUAAAUACAUUAGUUAUAAUGUUAUUUUUAAUU